AUGGAAGACCUGAUCCCGCAAUCAAGAGCCAACGUCCGGCCCGAACAUUCAACCAAACUUAUUCGCCCGGCUGACCCCGACGUCCGAACAAGUCUAAAGAGUUUGGUAAAACCUGACUCACAUCAUUCGUGUUAUGGGUGUGGGAGCCCGAAGCAUUGUGUUUUGAGUAGUCCCAAGAGGGAUGCAGCACCGAGAGUGUGCUACUACUACAAGGAGCCGGGGCAUAUCAAGCUCAUGUGCCUUAAGUUGAGGAGUAUGUUGGUGGCAUCGGUUCAGACAAUAGAUGUGAUGCGGGAUCAGGUUUUACCUAUUCCUAUCACUGAUUCUGCAAGUGCACAUGUCAGGUGUAGUAACGGGUUAUCGUACACAAGAAGCAGAUAA